GUCUCAUCGCCAUUACGGAUAUCGAGUUCCCUUUUAAACAACAAGAGAUCUUAUAGAUACCCGACCUCCGGUUCAGCUUCUGAUCUUUAUGGGGCUACUUGACCAGUUGUGGGACGACACCGUUGCGGGUCCCCGACCCGAUAACGGUCUCGGCAAGCUCCGAAAGCAAUCCUCUUUCCCUCUCCGGCCUAACUCCUCCAAGGAAUCCGAUGGCGGGAGUUUGAGAUCGUUCAAUGAUGAAACGACGUCGGAGGAAACGACGAAAGUGACACGUACGAUCAUGAUCGUAAAAUCGCCGCGUUACCAGAGCGGAUCGCCCCCGGUUUCGCCGGCCGAAUCGACUCCUCCGGUAUCUCCUUUUUCUGGAGGAAGAGAGCCGUUCCGGUUUCGGAGAAGGUCGACAUCGGAUGCGUACGAGAAGCCGGGGAGCGAGGUUGGACCUCGGAGCGCUCCUCCUCCUUACGACGUGUGAGAUGUGAGCCUCUCCGGUUAUCGUUUACUUGACGACAAAUCGAUAUUCGCCUAGUUCCGACGUCUUUACAGCUUAAGCUUAUAGUGUAAAUGUCAGUUAGAGUUUCGUGGUUUGUCCUGCAAUGCAAUGUGUGCACUUUUUGGCUAUGCAGCUUCUAUCAUGGGAUAAUGUUUAGACGGCGCUGAAGAGCUGUGAAAUAUAUGUAGAGAUGGUAAUGUACGGUUUUCUUUAUUUUCC